AUGGACAACACCACACCGGCCCUUCAUGAUGAAGACACUCCGGCGACGCGCUUCCUGAAGGAGCGCAACGUUGCCUAUCGCACCCAUCACUACCAGUACAUCGAAAAAGGAGGCACCAACGCGUCGUCUAACGCUCUUGGGGUGGAUGAGCACCGCGUUGUAAAGCCUUUCAUCGUGCUCAUGCACGGCGAUCAGCGCGUUGAUACCAAGGCUCUUGCCGCACACUUGGGCACCAAGCGGGCGGCGGCGGAGGAGCAUACGGGGUACCAGGUGGGCGGGACGUCGCCCUUCGGCACCAAGACGACGCUCCCCAUCUUCAUCCAACGCACCAUCGUCGAAGGCGAGCAGGCUGACAGCGACGACGAGGACCAGGCCAAGGCCAGUGCGGAGGACAAGAAGAACGAAGGCGAAGUCGGAGAGAUCUACAUCAACGGCGGCGGGCGAGGGUUCCUGGUGUCCCUCGAUGUGAAGGAUCUGGUGGCCACCCUCCAGCCCACGCUCGUUGAUGUCGCCAGCACCAAGUGGGGCUGA